CACUUCGUGGCUGCUCCUCACCUCUUCCCUCCCGCAGGCCGCCUCGUCCCGGGGGGCCGGCUCCCCACGCACCCCUGGGUCCAUGCCUGCGGCCUGGGCUCCCCCGGGCGCCCCCGCUGCCCCGCCCUGGGCCAACCUGAGCUCGGCCGGCCAGUUCGUGCUGCUGGGCUUCGCGCACGUGCCCGCGCUGCGGCCGCCGCUCGCCGCGCUCUUCCUGCCCGCCUUCCUGCUCGCGCUGCUGGGCGACGCGCUCAUCGUGCUGCUGCCCGCCCUGGACGCCGGCCUGCGCGCGCCCAUGUACUUCUUCCUGCGCCAGCUGGCCCUGGUGGAGAUGUGCUUCUCGCUGGACGUCGUGCCUCGGCUGCUGGGGACCCUGCUGCGGCCCGGGCGCGGCGUGUCGCCCGCGGGCUGCGCCCUGCAGCUGCUCCUGGUGCUGUCCUGUGUCUCGUCUGAGUGCUUCCUUCUGACGGCCAUGGCCUGGGACCGCUACGUGGCCAUCUGCAGGCCCCUGCGCUAUGGCGCCAUCGUGAGCCCGCGGCUCUGCCAUCGGCUGGCCGCCGCGUGCUGGCUGGCGGGCGCGCCCGUGGCUCUGGUCUUCACCGUCUGGCUGUUCCGGUUCCCCUUCUGCGGGCCGCGUGGCAUCCGCCACUUCUUCUGCGACAUCGCCCCUCUGCUGAGCCUGGUGUGUGCCGACACCAGGGUUUUCGAGGACAACGUGUUGGUGGCCACGGUGCUGGUUAUCAUGGUUCCCUUCUGUCUGAUAGCCACGUCCUACGCCCAGAUUCUGGCCACCGUGCUGCAGAUGCCGUCGGCCAGGGGGCGCCGCAAGGCCCUGUCCACCUGUGCCUCCCACCUCAUCGUGGUGGUUCUGUUUUAUGGCACCACGGGGGUCAUCCACCUGCGACCCAAGGCCAGCUACUCCCCGGAGAGCAAGCAGGUGGUGUCCCUGUCCUACACCCUGGUGACCCCCAUGCUCAACCCCCUCAUCUACAGCCUGCGGAACAAGGAGGUGAAGGCUGCCCUGGGGCAGGUGUGUGUUCGAGGUAGAGGGACGCAUAUUCCAGGAGCAGUCUGAUUCCAGAGCCUUUCAUCCAAUGCCUGGCUGGUCUUUAGACACCUCUCUAUGCAUCAUACUGAAUUCUUUCUGUUUCUCCUUGGAUUCCCUGCUUUGCAACAGCACCAGCAUCUCCCUAAUGGCUGUCUGCAGCGGAGCCAUCAUUCACGCACUUGCCUUUGUUGAGUAGGGUAAGUUUCUGUUCCUGAUAGUGGAGCAUGAUCCGUACUUGUGUUUAA